GGACGAAAUAAGCACGGGCUGGCAAUUACUUCUCUUACCUCACGCUCAGCCUGUAUAUAUACUCUGCCGGUACGAGCAUGAUACCUAUCGCUCUGCAUGCAGAGACUCGGCCAGCAGCAUGGCUCUCAACCAAUCGAACAAGCUCAUCCUCGUCAUCGGCGCGACCGGCGCACAAGGUCUCGCGGUCAUUGACAAGUUGCUCGCAUCGUCUGACGACGGCUUGCCCUCGCCAUACUCCGUCCGCGCCUUGUCUCGGGACCCGGGUAGUCGCCGCGCCAAGGAGCUCGUGUCGAAGGGCGUCGAGGUAGUCCGAGGUGCAUUUGAUGACCUUGCCUCAGUCAGGGCUGCCCUUGCAGGCGUAUACGGUGCUUGGGUAAACACCGACGGCUUCACGGUGGGCGAACAGAAGGAGAUGUGGGCGGGCAUCAGGAUCUUCGAACUGGCAAAGCAAGCCGGGGUUCGCCACUACAUCUGGAGUAAUCUAGACUAUGGCUUCAAGCUCUCCAGCUACGACACCACUUACAACUGCGAGCAUUAUGACGGCAAGGGUCGUGUCGCCGAAUUCAUGCAGGCCCAGCCGUCCGUGGUCACUGAUACCGAUAUGUCGUGGACGGUGAUCACCUCGGGGCCCUACAUGGAAAUGCUAUUCAACUUCAUGUUCGGUCCGUACAAGAAGCGAGAGGACGGGACGGUUGUCUUCGCCACUCCGGUGGGCAACGGCCACGUACCGAUGAUCGCACUCGAAGACCUCGGCUUCUUCGCCCGCUACGCCUUCGACAAUCGAGAGAUCACCUCCGCCCAGGACCUGGAGAUCGCCACGGACAAAGUCGGCUGGGAGUACCUGAAAGCCACGUUCGAGAAGGUGACGGGGCAGCGAGCGGAGGUCAUCUACCAGUCAUUCGACGAUUGGUGCAAGAACUUCAAGAACGUCGAUAUACCCGUCGCGAAUGAACGUCCGGUUGGCGACGGGUCCACAACUUGGAGGCAGAACUUCAGAGCGUGGUGGUCGAUGUGGCGUGACGACCUCAUUCAGAGGGACUACGAGUGGCUCCGUCGAGUCAACCCGAACGGGUACACUCUGGAGAGCUGGAUGAGGGCGAAGCAGUAUGGCACCCACGCUCUGUGGGAGAAGGUGACCUUGCUCAAGAACACCGAGGAUGGAAAGAUGGUGAUGCCGAACCUUGACUAUAUCGCGGAGAACCUGUAGUUUGCAUAGGUCACGGAGUGGACCGUUUGCGAGGUUGCUCGAAUUGUAUUACUUCAGACCCGAAGCAUUUUGAAUCUCGACAACGCGGCGCGUACGGUGUCCGUGACCCACUAGUGGCCA